GGCCUGGCCACGCACUGCCUCCAUCACCUGGCAACCGCCGCAAGCUACGGAGCCUUGCUGCAUCUCCCCGCUAGAUGACAGCAGGAGUUCGGCGGACCGACCACAACCUUGAGUCUCUCGCAGACAUCAGGGCCCAGAGGAGUGAGUCUUUCCUCGGGGCAGGAAAGACCGAGAGGCCGGAACUAGAAUUGCAGAUCUUUUUCACUCCGGAUUUCUAUGAUUCCAGUGUGAAAAGAUUUUGCUCCCAAAAUAUCCUGGCAAUCCUUGGUUUCUCCUGUAUCAUUGCUGUGAUAGCUUUGAUUGCUGUGGGGCUGACCCAGAACAAACCAUUGCCCGAAAAUUUUAAGUAUGGGAUUGUGCUGGAUGCAGGCUCUUCUCAUACAAAUUUGUAUAUCUACAAGUGGCCAGCCGAAAAGGAGAAUGACACAGGGGUGGUGUAUCAGAUAGAAGAAUGUAAAUUAAAAGGUCCUGGAAUCUCAAAAUAUGCUCAUAAAAUAAAUGAUUUAGAAACAUACCUGAUUGAAUGUAUGGAAAAGUCCAGGAAUGUGGUUCCAAAGUCUCUGCACCAAGAGACACCUGUUUACCUGGGAGCUACAGCGGGCAUGCGCUUGCUCAGAAUGGAAAAUGAACAAUUGGCACAAAGUGUCCUGGAAAAAGUGUCGAGUAGCCUUAGCAACUACCCCUUUGACUUCCAGGGUGCCAAGAUCAUCACUGGCCAAGAAGAAGGUGCCUAUGGCUGGAUUACUAUCAACUAUCUGCUGGGAAAAUUCACUCAGAAAUUGAAUUGGCUCAGCCUGGUCUCACUUGAAAGCAAUAGUCAGGAAACCUUUGGAGCUUUGGACCUUGGGGGAGCUUCUACACAAAUCACUUUUGUGCCCCCAGACCACACUACUGAAUCCUCAGACAACUCUCUACAAUUUCGCCUCUAUGGUAAGGACUACAAUGUGUACACACACAGCUUCUUGUGCUAUGGGAAGGAUGAAGCACUCCAGCAGAAACUGGCCAAGGACAUUCAGGUUUCAAGUAAUGGAAUCCUUGAGGACUCAUGCUUUCACCUCGGUUAUGAGAAGUUUGUGAAUGUAAGUGAACUUUACAAGACUCCUUGCACCAAGAGAUUUGAAAAGACUCUGCCAUUUGAUCAGUUUCAAAUACAGGGAAUUGGAAACUAUCAGCAAUGUCGGCAAAGUAUCCUUGAGCUCUUCAACACCAGUUACUGCCCUUACUCCCAGUGUGCCUUCAAUGGGAUUUUCUUGCCACCGCUUCAAGGGGAUUUUGGGGCAUUUUCAGCUUUCUACUUUGUGAUGGAUUUUUUAAACUUGACAUCAAAGGAAGUUUCCUCUCAGCAAAAGAUGAAUGAGAUAAUGGAAAAGUAUUGCUCUAGGCCUUGGGAGGAGGUAAGGGCAUCUUUUCCUGGAGUGAAUGAGAAGUUCCUGAGUGAAUACUGCUUUUCAGGUGCCUACAUCCUCUCCCUCCUUCUGCAAGGCUAUCACUUUACAGACAAUUCCUGGAAGCACGUUCAUUUUAUGGGCAAGAUCCAGGGCAGCAAUGCCGGAUGGACUUUGGGUUACAUGCUGAACCUGACCAACAUGAUACCAGCUGAGCAGCCAUUGUCCGCACCUCUCUCCCAUUCCACCUAUGUCUUCCUCAUGGUCUUCUUCUCCCUGAUACUGGCCGCAGUGAUCAUCACAGCCUUGGUUAUAUUUAAAAAUCCUUCAUAUUUCUGGAAAGAAAUGGUAUAGCAGGAGCAGCUCAAAUCUGCUGGCUGGAGUGGGAAAAAACACUUGCCCAGGGAGUACUUUUCUCCACACAGCUGUGUCUAGGGCCUCCUUCCCUACUUGUCAGAGCCAGUCUUGACCAGCAUGAAGCUCUUUUGGCUGAAGCCUUUCCUUGGGAGAUAUUCACUGCCUUCUGGCUCAAGGGUUUUCUAGCAGACAUGGUCUCUUCUGUGUCUUGCUGAGCUACCUUCUUUUUCUUUUGUAUUCUGUGCUCAUGUGAGUCAUAAAGACUUGCCAUCUUUCAUGAUUUUUGCUUUAUAAAAAAAAAAUACUGACUUUGUCUAGAAGAACUGAGAAUUUUGAGUCCUGUGCCAGUAAAUUGAACUAGUUAACAGAAGAAUCUCAGGUACUGGUACAGUCAUAUUCUAAAAAUUCCACUCUCCUGCUUCACAUAUAUUAAGAAAGCCAUAUAAUGCCUUUGGAGAGAGCAGAUACAUAUCUCAUUCUGAGGCUGCUCUUUGGGUAAGAGAAUGUUUUAGAAUAGGCAUAUAUGUGCUAAGGCCAAAGAGUUUUGCAAGGGAAUCUGUGUGCUCAUGCAGUUAAUAUAAUUCUAAAUCCCCUUAAUAUAGGGAUGCGAAUGAGUCAUAUAUUCCUGAGUUAUGCCAAAGUGCUACCAAGUGUAACACACAGUCCAGAGAUUUUUAAAAAGCAGAUAUAUAGCGUGGGCCUUUAGAUAUUAGGACAUAAUAUGUGGUAGGUAUAUACAUGUUAUGAAGAAAAAUACAGUUGUAACUCAAAUUUAAGAAAAUGCAUCCUCCAGUGCUUUUGGAGUUUUUAUUAUGUCAUGCACAUAACAUAAAAUUCACCACAUUAACCUUCAGUUAGUACAAUUCAAUAGCAUGUAGUACAUCAUCACUGUUUGGUUCUAUACUAUUUCAUCACCAAGAAGUUGACUGGAAAAAAGACUGCACUUGGGUAUGGUCAAACCACAGAUCUUUCAUUUAACGGCUAAGUGUGCUAAACAACUUGCACCAUAAAGAUGAGAUAUCAAGUUUUAAAGCCAUGCGACAUCUUAUUACCCCAAGGUUUAACUUUAGUGCGAGUAUGAUAUUAAGCAAUAUGCUUUUUCCCUGUCAUGGUAUUUUCACAUCAAAAUGUGCUGGGAACUAAGUCUGUAAGUGUUGUUGCUACCUUUGUUACAUAAAUACGGAUUUUAUUUACUUUCCCCAUAGAAUAUUUCAUAAGGGAAGAAGUGGCUAUGGACUUUAUCAUAGAAACACAAAGAGCCUCUAUUCCUCUUGUAUUUAAGGAUUAAAGUUUACCUGUUUAGCAGGAUUGGGUGUUGAUGUAUUAUUCUUACCUUAGUCCAAGCCAUCUGUCCAUCUCUGGAUCUGGAGACUGACUGUUGAGCAGAUGAGAGAAGGAAAGUUCUCCCAUAAACUAGAUGCCAAAUGCCCCUUUUCUCUUGAACAGUCAAGUCAUACUCUAUAACAGUCAGGUGAACAUAAGCUUAAUAAAGCUGUGGACAAGAACUUUUUUCUUUUCUGCUACUCAUAGUUUAAUUUGCUGGACCUUGAUUAGGGAUCAGAAGCCAAAUUGGUAUAUUCCAACUCUCUUUUUGGUGGCAAUUGGCUAUAUUACUAUGCUGCUAUUAACUGAGCACUGGUGGUAUAUCAUAGUCUAUACUCAAGUGCAUUGUGUUCAUUUUUCAUUUCAUCCUCAUAACAAUCUUAAAAAGGUAGCUAUUAGCACUCCCGAUGCCCAUGGCAGAGCUGAAAGUCAAGCCCACAUUUUCUGCCUCAAGUUAUUGCUUUUUUCUUUUCUAAAAACUUUCCCUCAGCAAGUUGGAAUUGGAAUUUACAAGUUUCCUUCAGAGAACACAAAUCCUUUCUUAUUUCGGUCUUUUUGCCAAAGUUCAAAACAAAACAAAACCCUUUUAGGUAUUUGGGAGCCAAACUCCACUUGUCAAAAUCUCAAAUUAUGAAGAUAAUCAGUAGGUGCAACCUAAUUUCAGUUCUAUUGAAGGGAAGGUUGGUUUUGAGGCAGAUGCAGGAGUCUGCUUUGAGCCAUUCUGGAUGGACCCAAAGAAGAUGGGUCACUAUCAAUUAAUUUUAAUAUUGGAUUGGCCAGUGGUUAUUAUUAAUUACUGCUCAUCCCUGAACUUUCACCCAGGACUAAAAACUUGGUUCUGGUAACCCUAUCUAUUUAUAAGGCAUGAAAAAACCUUAGUUUUUAUGAACUCACAGUUGUUACUUCUGUAGACAAGAGAGUGAAGCUAUAUAAUUAGGUUGUGUGUGUGUGUGUGUGUGUGAGAGAGAGGUUUCAACUCAUCUAAUUCUUAAUUAGUAAGAAAUAUAAAUUGUGAUAUAAAUAAAAAUUUUUUAAAGUACA